ACUAAGAAGAAGAAGAAGAAGAAGAAGAAGAAGAAGAAGAAAAUGAAUAUGGCAGCAGGUAGCUCCUGUACGAUAGUGGAAUAUUUCGGGGGUGAUGAUGGCUACCGCUGUGGUUAUUGUAAAAAUGAGAAGGGGAACUUCUCUCAUGGAAUGUGGUCCCACGCCAUGACAGUACAAGACUACCAGGAUCUCAUAGACCGAGGAUGGAGACGAAGCGGGAAGUAUGUUUACAAGCCCAUCAUGAACAAGACAUGCUGUCCACAGUACACCAUCAGGUGUCAAGCCUUGAACUUUCAGCCAUCUAAAACCCACAAGAAGAUCCUGAAGAAGAUGAGCAAGUUUCUGUCCAAAGGGGAGAUACCAACGGAAGAGGGAAAUGGGGAGCCCAUGGUCUCGCUGUGUGAGGAGGGAGGACUGCACGGCCCUGCUAAAGUCUGUCACUCUGAGGUGGAGAGUCCUGUGGUCACAGCCAUUCAGACUGAGGGAGACUCCACACCAGCCGAGUUUGAAACAGCCAGAAAAGACCCAGUGUCUGUCCCAGACGGGAGAGGACCAGAAACAACCCCCAAACCAGGGGUAGGAGCGGACCCCGGUAGGCCGUUGUGUAGGAAAGCCAAGGACCUGAGGAAGGCGCGUCGGCUGCAGAAGGAGCAGAAGAGACAGGUGGGGGGUGGAGUCCCGGUCUCUGCGACCUCUAACCCUGCCUCGCCUGUCCAGCUCAGCCAACCCAAAGCCCUGGAGGAGUUCAUCAACGAAUCUCUGCCCGAUAGUCCUCUGCACCGCCUCGAGGUGAGGCUAGUGCCCGUCAAUGAUGAUGAUCCUCAGUUCAUGGCGACCUAUGAGCAGUCGGCAGCGCUGUACGCACGCUACCAGAUGGCCGUUCACGGCGACACCCCUUCCGAGUGUAACGAGAGUGAGUUCAGGAGAUUUCUCUGUGACUCGCCACUUGAGGCGGAGACGUCUCCGGAUGGUCCAGCGGUGGGCUACGGUUCCUUCCACCAACAGUACUGGCUGGACGGCCGCAUCGUGGCAGUGGGAGUGGUGGACAUCCUGCCCACCUGUGUGUCCUCCGUCUACCUGUACUACCACCCCGACUUCGCCUCUCUGUCGCUGGGCUCCUACUCUGCGCUCAGGGAGGUUGCCUUCACCAGGCAGCUACAGAAACAAUCCCCCAAGCUGUGCUACUACUAUCUGGGCUUCUACAUCCACUCCUGCAACAAGAUGCGGUACAAGGGGCAGUACCAGCCUUCAGAACUCCUGUGCCCAGAGACAUAUGUCUUUGUGCCCAUAGAACGCUGCAUCCCCAGCCUGGAGCAGACUCGCUACGCACGCUUCAACCAGGACCCAGACGCAGGUGAUACACAUGUACUGAAGGACCUGGGUCGUGCUCUGGUGCUGUACAGACGGAAGGUCAUGCCCUACGCCGCCUACGCCCGCAAACGCAAGGGCUCCAACGACGAGAUGGAGGUGGCACAGUACGCCGGCCUGGUGGGCCAGGUCUGCGCUGAGAGGAUCCUGCUAUACCGGGCGUAACCCACUGGGGGCACCACCGCCACCCUGCACCUUGAUCCACUACACCAAAAUACACCUCCCAGCAAAUGUGUCUGUCUUUCUGCCUGUCUGUCUUUUUGUCGAUCUGUUUAGGGUUGUAUUCAUUAGGCAUCAAAUGAAAGAAAACUGAGUGAAACAGGAAUGGACUGACUACCUGAACUUGUCAAAUAGGAAACGCUCGUGUUCAUUUUCCUUUGCAAAAUGUUUUGCGAUGGUGUGCCCUUACGAAUACAACCCAUGUGUCUCUGUCUGUCCCGCUGUCUUUGUAAGUGCUUUCCGCUGCUUUACUCUACAAUAGCCUCACCAAGUUUAGCUCUACUACACAUAGGCCGAACCAACACAUUCAAGUAUGUACGUGCCUUCAGAAAGUAUUCACACCCCUUCACUUUUUCCACAUUUUGUUGUUACAGCCUGAAUUUUAAAUGGAUUAA